AUGUCAUAUCCAUUCCCAGGAGUUGAAGCAGGUGUCGGAGAUAAGAUUGCAAUUGAAGCAUUUAAAUAUGGUCUUAAAUUAGCAAUUAAAUCAGCAAUUACUCGUAUAUUAGUAGAUGUACUUUCAAGUAGCGCAAUAUCAUCAAUAAUGAGAAAUGGUAGAAUCGAUAUUAAUAAUCAAAAUGCAAUUGAAUUAAAAUCGAAAUUAGGUGAUAGAGCAUUUAGAAAAAUUGAAGCAGAUUUAUUCGAUAUUGAAAAUAAAUCUAGAGAAAUUUUAAUAAAUUUAUUAAAAAGAAGAAUUGAUGAAAAGUCAAAUGAAAUGUACAAUAAUGAAUAUUUUAAAAAAUUAAAAAAGUUUGCUGAUGAUAUUCAUAAAAAACCAUCUGACCCAGAACAACCACAAGAUCCUGAAAAAGUUUGUAAAUACUUGAAAAAGUUUGAACAAGCUAUUGAUGCAUCAUCAUUAGUAAUUGAAUUUGUUGCUUUUAUUUUAAAUAAAUAUAUUUAUGAAGAGGAAGAAGAAGGAAAAGAAAUUACUGAUACUAAAAUUCUAACAACUAAAUUAAUUAGUUCAUUAUUAAUACCAAUGGAAGAAUGGGAAAAACUUAUUAGUAGUCCUCAUACUUCAAAAGAAGUUUUUCAAGCAAUGGAGACUAUAAUGGGAUCAGAUCCAAAAUAUUCAACAUUAACAACAACAACAAUAAUUGAUGAAAAUGAUAGUUCAUUAAUGGGUGUUAAACCAAAAGCUAAAGCAGGUGAUUAUGAACCAUCAACUGAUGUAUUGAGGUUAGUGAGUGUUGGAGGUAAAAAAUUGGUAAAUUUAGUCGGAACUUCAAGUGAUAAAAGAGAAUCAAGUUGGGUUAAAUUUUGGGAAUCUGUUACAAAUAAUUGUGAUAGUGGUAGAACUUGUAGAAUUCAAACAGAGUCACCAGUACAUGAAAAUAUUCAUAAUCCAGUGACUCCGAUCGUUGGUGGUCAUAUUAGAAAGUUUGGUGAUUCAGUUAGAGAUACAUUCUUAAUUUUACCAAUUUGUAAUAGUCAUAAUGUUCAAAGAAGAUUCGAUGAGGAUCAAACUGGGUCUCCUUAUUUAGUUGGUUCAUUAAAAGCUGUAGCUGCAGAGAUUGCUUCUGUGAAAUUAAGCAAAAGAAAAUAUCACUCAUUAGGAUUCCAUGAAUUUAAUUCAACAUUGGAAGAAUCGUUAAAUCAACUUGGUUUAAAUGAUUUUAUUAAACAGUCAAUUCAAAAAGACUAUUUCGAUACUAUUAAUCCAUUAAUUAAAGAUUCAAUUGAAGAAGCAAUUAAAUGGAUGGAAAAAGAGUAUGCUCCAACUUUUGAUGAUAUAAUUCCAAUCAUUGGUGAUAUUAAAACAAUUUAUCAAGUUUCAACAAUGCAAAAUGCAACCUACAGUAAAUUUCAUGAUAUUUUAAAUGACAAAUUUAGUAAAAUUAAUCCAAAUGUUAAAAUGGAACAAACUAUUGAAAAAUUAAUCUCUGAUAAUUCAAAUAAUUUUGAUUUAGCUUUAUCAUUAUUUUAUAAAAAAUAUUAUACAGAAGAAUUUUAUUAA